AUGAAUGACCCAAAGUAUGCCUAUCCAUACCCUGCACAAGGGUAUUAUCAAGGUCCCCCAGUGAUGGCACCACCUCAGUAUGCUGCUCCACAGCCCAGAAGACAGAGUGCUGGAUUCCUUGAGGGAUGUUUUGCAGCUCUGUGUUGUUGUUGUCUCAUAGACGAGUGUUGUUGCGACCCUUCAAUCUUAUGUAUCUUUUGA